CCCAAGCCGACGCCGUCUUUCUGUUACCUCCAACGAACAACUGCCGGAGACCCACCUCCUCGUUCCCCUAUAAAGCUUCUCCCAGCAGCCACCAUGCUCUCCCCACCAUCUCUCAACUCAGCGUAAACAGAAUGGCCGCCAAAGGCUUCCUGUUCUUGUCGCUGAUGAGCCUCAGCUUGCUCCAUUCCCCUUCUCCGGCCUCCGCCUUCAACUAUGCCGACGCUCUCGCCAAGUCUAUCCUCUUCUUUGAGGGCCAGCGCUCCGGGAAGCUCCCCGCUAACCAGCGCGUCACAUGGCGCGGCGACUCCGGCCUCUCUGACGGCUCCUCUUGCAAUGUGGAUCUGGUCGGCGGCUACUACGACGCCGGGGACAACGUCAAGUUCGGCCUCCCGAUGGCCUUCACGACGACGAUGCUGGCGUGGAGCAUCAUCGAGUUCGGUGGGCUGAUGCAUGGUGAGCUCGGAAACGCCAAGGCCGCGCUCCGCUGGGGCACGGACUACCUCCUCAAGGCCGCCACCGCCGCCCCCGACGCUUUAUACGUUCAGGUGGCGGACCCGAACCAGGAUCACCGAUGCUGGGAGAGACCGGAAGACAUGGACACCCCCCGCAACGUUUACAAGGUGACGAGCCAAAACCCCGGCUCCGACGUCGCGGCCGAGACCGCCGCCGCGCUGGCGGCGGCUUCCAUUGUCUUCAAGGAUUCCGACCCAGCUUACUCUUCCAAGUUACUCCACACUGCCACCCAAGUUUUCGAUUUCGCUAACCGGUACAGAGGUUCAUACAGCGAUUCACUGAGCUCGGUGGCGUGCCCAUUUUACUGCUCCUACUCUGGUUAUAACGACGAACUUCUAUGGGGAGCUUCCUGGCUUCACCAGGCGUCGCAGGACGUCUCCUUCAUGUCGUACAUCGAGUCCAACGGCCACACUCUGGGAGCAGAAGACGAUGACUACUCCUUCAGCUGGGACGACAAGCGCGUGGGCACCAAAAUUCUCCUUUCCAAGGGAUUCUUGCAGAACGGGAUUGAAGUGCUGCAGUUGUACAAAGCGCAUUCGGACAACUACAUCUGCUCACUGGUGCCAGGAACGAGCAGCUUCCAAGCCCAGUACACACCAGGGGGGCUCCUCUACAAGGAAAGCGGGAGCAACCUGCAGUACGUGACAUCCACCGCCUUCCUUCUUCUGACCUACGCCAAGUACCUCGACUCUAACGGGGGAUCGGUCUUAUGCGGCACGUCGAAGGUGGCCGCCGCCGACCUCGUCUCCGUAGCCAAGAAACAGGUCGAUUACAUACUGGGAAACAACCCGGCGAAGAUGUCGUACAUGGUGGGGUUCGGGAGCAGAUACCCGCAGCACGUCCACCACCGCGGCUCGUCGCUGCCGUCGGUGCGCGCCCACCCGGGCCGCAUCGCCUGCAGCGAGGGGUUCCAGUACCUGUAUUCGGGGUCGCCGAACCCGAACGUCCUCGUCGGCGCCGUCCUCGGCGGCCCGGACAGCCAGGACCACUUCGCGGACGACAGGAACAAUUACCAGCAAUCGGAGCCGGCGACUUAUAUCAAUGCACCGAUGGUGGGAGCUCUGGCCUUCUUCGCGGGGACGCCGAUGUAGUGGGCUUGGCCGUGGCGUGGCGGUGGAUAGUAUGCAGCAUGGUAGAGUGGGAUUUAGCAGUGUCAAGCUCCCCUGACCAUGCAACCAAAUUAGCUAUCUUGUCAUCUACAUAACCCAGAUGCUUGUACUAUGUUGUUAUCUUAUUAUGAUCACUGCAACUAACGACCCA